UUGGACAGAGGAGGACGCAUGAGACUGAAGAAGUAACUGCUGCAGAGGCUGAGCGCGCGGACAGCUUUGGAGAUCCCGGCACAGCGCUUUGACGCACGCACGCACUAUGGACUACUGAGCUCUGCAGGGAAGAAGCAGUGCGCGCACAGAAACAGCUGCUGCCUCCAACCUCACUCCUUUUUGUGUUUAGUUUUGAAGUUGACAGUUAUUGAUCAUCUAACAGUGAGUCUAGAUCGUGAAGAAGUUUCUGUCGUGAUGAAGUUUCUGCUUUUACCGGUUUUAAUGGCUUUGUUCGCCGUCGCCCAAGUUUGUUGCGAAGACGACGAGCCGAAGGAAGAGUCUGACUACUGGAGCAGCAAUCAGAUCCAGGACGGCUGGCUCUCCAACGACCCCUUCAGAGAGAUCCUCCUGAGGAUGACCAGGAAGCCGCGGCCGCACCAGUUCAUCGGCCUGAUGGGGAAACGCUCGAUGGCGAACGCACAGAUCACCCGCAAAAGGCAUAAAAUCAACUCUUUCGUUGGCCUGAUGGGGAAGAGGAGCCAAGAGGAGCCCGAGUCCUAUGACUGGAACACAAUACAGACGUACGACCGGCGCCGCUAACAGUCAGUCAGCUGCCUGCACCUCAUCGAGCCACCCCCCCCCCCUCCCACCAGAGGACCAGACGCUGGUUUUGUUUUCUCCAGACUGUGUGUAGCUGUUAGUCAAAUAAAAUGAUUGUUUCCACAUCGUC